CCUUUAUGACGCAACGUGACAGAAUGGCGUGCGCGGGAGAUGAAGUCGUGUUUAAAAAGGAAACUAUCAGCAAACUGUUGACAAAGUUUUUCAGGGAGGACAAAACCAAAGCGAGUAGUGAUGCUGUCCUGCUCAUGGCUGAGAUGCUGAAAGUGUUUGUCGAAGAGGCGGCACGCAGAACAGUUAAACAGGCCGACAGUGAGGACUGUGACACCAUUGAUAUUGAGCACUUUGAAAAGGUUCUGCCACAGUUGCUGCUUGAUUUUUAAUUUUUGCUGUGGAGCCAGAAGAUGGCGAAGUUGGAUCACAAACAACCUGGAUUUCACUUCAUCUCCUUUGCAGCUCCUUGUAUUGACUGUGUAUAAGUAUUUCAUGUAUGACUAAUAAUAAAU